CGGCACGUGCAUUCCGGUCAGCAAGUCCGAUCGUGGACUGUGACAACGCCACGCAACGCAGCACGUAACGUGGCUUCAUUCGUUCGGUCUGGGGAGGAAAUCACGCAGUUUGCUACCAAUUCUGCAGGCACGAAUUGCAAUGAUUCUGGACUCGAGGACCUUGACUUGUGCCAACUCAACUCAGCACAAGUCUAUUGUCUGACAGGCAAACCCACUGCCAACCUACUCCCAUACAAGUGAGCUGUAAGCUCCCGGUCAUUUGCCGUCAAAACGUGAAACUUGAAGUUUAGUCUCUCCAAAUCCGAGAAUUCUUCGUUUUUCUUUCUUCCAGGCCGUGGAGUAGUCGGUGCGUCUAGCUCGAAGGUUGUUGGUUCAUUUGUUGUAGUGAAGAGCACGUUCUUCAAAGUCGAAGUUUUGUUCUGGGAGGCAGAGAUUGCGAUUUGGUUGGGCACAGAUUAAUCUAAACGUGAGCGCACGUAGGGAAGCAGUAGAGAGGAGGUAGAUUGAAGGACUGCGCAAAGAGAGGAGUAUGUCUGGAAGUCGAAGUGCUGGGAGAUCAAUGGACACGAAGGACGACGAGAACGAGUAUGACAAGCCUAUCGUCCACGUCGAGAGCAUUGAGAGAGGAUGGAAAGUGGGCACAAGUGACAUAAGUCACGCUGGAAAGAAAGAGAAAGAGAAAGAGUCGAAGAGUCACGUUCAUGAAGGGGAUACCAUAAGGACAACUGUAACGGUGGAAGAUGAUUCUCCAUCUCUUUACCAGAAAUUGAGAGGUAAACUUGCUGCAGCUGAAGAACAUUUUAGACCUAAGGAUGCAAUCCACACCAAGAAGGCAGAUCCUCAUCCUGAAGUGAACCUUUCCACAGUGCAACCUUCUAACAAGCCACAUGUCGCCAGUGAAAUGAGAAAAGAGAUGUGGGGUGACAAGCAUCACAAUAACGCGUCUAAGGAUGAAGUGGAAGGGAAGAAUAGCAAAUCUGAGGUAAAGUCAAAGGACACCAAAGACAAGACCUCAGGUCCUCGUAGUAUUGAGAAAUACGCCAGCGCUAAAGCUUUUUUUGAUUCUGAAACUACAGAAGAUAGAAAAGUUCAGGCCGGUGAUGAACUGGGCACUGGUUACGAGGAGGGUUCAGAGGAAGGAGGAUUUUCACCCUCCAGUGGUACGACGAGUGGGAGUGGUUCUCUUCCCAAGCAGUCUGAGUCUGUCUUCAAGCCGGUCAAACCGAAGGAUGACUCCGAAGUUACUCUAGAAGGGCUUCGAGAAAGUAAGCUGAAUCAAAAUUCGAGUGCAGAGGAUGUGAAAGCACCUGGAGUGUUUACCAGAGCCAAAGAAGAGGUAGAAGCUCUCUCUGACCAGGUGAGUGAAGGCCUGGGAUUGAAAGAAAAGCGAUCCACUUCGGGAGGCGAGACCAAUACGGGCCAGUCUGGCUUUUUUAGUCGCAUUGCUGAGAAAAUUGGCUAUGGUGACAAUCAUGGGCGCAGUCAAAGCCACUAGACCUACUUCUUUUCUAAGUAUUGCAUGUACAGGCAGGGUUCAUUUAGUCUUUUUCCCAUUGCAGAUUAUGAACAGAGAGCUGUGACUCGACUAGACACUUAGAAUCACAUCAUUGGGUCGAACUCAGACAGACACACUACAUGUGUUUUUUAAAGCUCAUUCAGGCACAUUUUGUAUUUUCUUCUCUGUAUGAGAGAUGCCUGUGUAAAUAUAUGCUAAGUUGUGACAGUGGGCAGGAAGAACUAUUUUGUAUAAUAAAGACUCAUG